GGGACGUAUACGACGCACACGUGAGAGGUUAUUGUUCAUGCACUGUCGGCGCUCGAGACUUUUUUUUAUUAGAAAAACCGUCUUUUCUCUAACUUGUCAUCGCAUUCACAUAAUAAAAAGCAGUUGAGUGGAGUUUUUCUCGUUGGUUUAUAACCAAGUUUCUACUCGAUACAAAGUAAAUUGAGAAAAAAGAAAUCAAGUCGUUUCUCGGAAUGCUAUCGCAUAACCUCCAAAUUAUGACUAAAUAGUAGCAGAUUUUUUCGAACUUUUUAAUUCAUUUUGGAAAGCUCGGUUUGAUAACUCUUCGAAAAGAAUCUGUUGGAAAACAUGCGGUACGCUCAACUUGUUAUGGGCCCUGCUGGCAGUGGCAAGUCAACUUAUUGCUCGACAAUGCAACGCCACGCAGCAGAUGAGAACAAGGUGGUUCACAUAGUAAAUUUGGAUCCAGCGGCAGAAUACUUUGAUUACGAGCCGAUGGUAGACGUUCGUGAGCUGAUACAGUUGGAUGAUGCCAUGGAAGACGAAGAGUUGAGAUUUGGACCGAACGGUGGACUAGUUUUUUGCAUGGAGUACCUGAUUGAAAAUGUAUCAUGGCUGGAAGAACAAUUGGGCGACGUGGAUGACGAUUAUGUGAUAUUCGACUGCGCAGGUCAAAUCGAACUGUAUACUCAUAUGACGGUAAUUCGGCAGCUGAUAACAACCCUUCAAAACUUGAAUUUCCGUCUGUGUGGAGUUUUUCUCGUCGACAGUCAAUUUAUGGUGGAUGCGUCGAAAUUCCUUUCCGGAACGAUGGCAGCUCUAAGCGUAAUGAUAAAUUUAGAAUUGCCACACAUUAAUAUUCUAAGCAAAAUCGAUCUCGUAUCGAAAGCUUCGCGCAAACAACUCGAUAAAUAUCUCGAGCCGGAUCCGCAUAGUUUGCUUGCGGAAAUGGAUCAAGAUCGCUGGAACGAAAGAUAUAAGAGCCUCACAGAAGCCCUUGGUCGUCUCAUAGAGGAUUACAGCCUUGUUAAAUUUUAUCCCUUCAACAUUAAAGAUGAGGAGAGCAUAGCGGAUAUUAAAUUAACGAUAGACAAUAUGAUACAGUACGGAGAGGAAGAAGACGUCAAAAUGAGAGACUUUGACGAGCCUGACGACGAGAAUCAAGAAUAGUUUUAAACCAGAUAAAAAUCUAAUAUUUUUGCUCAUUUUUAUAUUAAAAAACCAUAAAUUAAUAUUUACAACAAAGAAACUUGUACAAACGAA